GUGGGUGUGCCUGUCGCGUGGACGGGUUCAAGGGCGCUGCUUGGGGCCGCGGGCUCGCCGGGGGUGGAACCGGGGUGUCCCCUGAAAGGGCGGAUGCGGGCACUUUCGGGGAUGAUGCCUUCCGCCAGGUGUGUGGAGCUGUGGAUGCCGGGACGGGCCUUCCUUUGUCUGUGCCUGAGCCGGGCUACGCCAUUUCUGCUGCUCACGUCGCGGGUCUUGUCCGCCAUCUUACCCGUUUUUAGGUGACAGGGAGGGGGUGUGUGUGACAUAGGAUUUUCCUCCCGGUGACAGCCCCGUGCUACCUGCAGGUUCUCUCCGUAGGAAAUCUCUGCCACUGCCCCUCCUCCCGUGUGGGAUUUUGACAUUUUUGUGCAACCUAGAACACUUGAGGGCUGGAGGAGGAUGGGGUGUAGGGGCAGAUACAAGAUACGGAGUUACCAAGGCGGAAGUGAGUGCACGUGGAGGACUGGAUUGCUUCGGAGCACCAGGUAGGAGUAGACAGGAGAAAGGAAGUCAGGCCUUUUUUCCACCUGCAAGAAUACUGAUACAGUGUUGGGCCUGGCGGUAUGUCAUCCCAGCUGCUCGAAUUUUGAAAGUAAAUUACAGCCGGGAGGCGGUGGCGCACGCCUUUAAUCUCAUCACUUGGGAGGCAGAGACAGGCGGAUCUCUGUGAGUUCGAGGCCAGCCUGGUCUACAGAGCGAGAUCCAGGACAGGCACCAAAACUACACAGAGAAACCCUGUCUUGGGGGGAAAAAAAAAAGAAAGGAAUUAAAUUACAUAUUUCACCCAAAAUAUUUUAACCACACGUUCCCCUCCAAAACAGCCUUUUUCUGCCCACUGGUCCGUGCCAUUAUCACACUUGAUUAGACUUUCCUCCUGGGAUCCUGCUGUUCUCUUUGUGUUCAUUGCGAAGCCAUCUCCCGGAUGCCUUUCACCGGUGGUUCAAAUCUGGCUGAGUACGGUCCUUGUCCAUAUCACUUGUAUCUUUGGGUUUGGGUUUUUUGUCGGUUUUAUUUGGUUUUUCUCCAUAGAACAACCCCUUGGUUCCUCCAAUCAGGUUCUUCAGAGGGACUUGUGUCUUCACAGGUUUUAUUUUUCAAGGUUACUAGCAGAGACAGCCAAGACAGGGGAGCAGCAGAGUCGUCUUCAUGCCGCGGGUGUAUCUUGAAGCCAAGUAGCCGCCCACCAUCAUCUCAUCGUGACAGACAGACAGUUCCUUCAGACAGCCAGGCUUCCCUCCGGGUGGUUCCUGCGGACAGCCUGCUUCCUCCGGCCUCUGCAGCAGCAUUGCCUCCAGCCCUCUUGCUGUCCUUGCCUUGAGGCUGUAGGGCCAUGGCGGAGAGAGUGCUGGUACCCACCCAGAUAGGCCGGGGGGACCGCUACUACACAUACACGGAGCUCUUGGCUAUCUCACGGCGUUUCAAGCAAAACCCCAACGAGCUCAUGGUCACCUGGAUCCUGCGGGUGUAUGACCAGGGAGGCCCGGCCCUGUCCCUGAAUUCCGGGGAGCUGGGGCUGCUGGGUGACCUCACCCACGAUGCCAUCUUUAACUACCGCUGCAAGGCCCUGCGGGGGGGUGGCUGCCAGACGCUGCUGAGCUGGCUGCUGCAGGCCUGGCGCCAGCGCUGGGAAUCUUCCCUGCAUUUUGAGGCCACGCAGCUGCCCUUCAGGCCUUGGACCACCAUGGAGGAAGGCAUCCAACUGGUUCGUGAGCUGGGUAUGAUUGAGUGGAUCUACCUUGACCCAGAGGGGCCUGUGGACCUGGCCCCAGAGGAUGUGGCCUUCACUCAGGGCCUGCAGCGGCGCCUGCUCACAGCAGCACCCUCCGAGCUGCGGCUCUCGCUGGUCAGCCUGCUGGUGCGCGGCAUGACAGUACUAGAGGCUGUGAUGGAGAUCCAGACCAUUGCUGACGUGGGUCUGCUCUGGCGCCAGAGCCAGCCAGGCCGCACCAAGCUCAUGCUGGGGCCCAACCCAACUCGAAAGGACCUCCUGGGCUGGCUGCUCAGCCACGGCGUGCCCCGGGAGCAAGUAGACAGGCAGCCCACCAAGGUGCUCCUGGAACUGUACAUCAAAGAAGCCAAGCGCAGUCGUGGCCAGCCCGGCUAUGGGCUGGCUGAGGAGCAGCCCCCACCUCCCCCCUACUCCGACCAGGCCUGUGGGGAAGAGCCCCCUGUGCGGCACGACUAGACCUGGACUGGCUUUGAGCGCACACGCGUACCCCGGGGUUGAAGGUGGGGAGGUGAAGUGCAGAGGCUGCCUGCAGCCUAGGCCACCAGGAAAGAGCUUGGCAAGCCCCUUUCCCACAUUUGUGUCCCUCCAGCAUUUAGUGCCAAGUUCAGUGGACCCCCAAAGAGAGGUGUGCAUGUCCCCGGCCACGCAGUCCAUGUGGGAAGUGAGCCACAGGUGGCCGGCCAUUUGCUGUG